AUGGCAGACAUGAUGGGAGGAGGAGAGCCUCAUCAGUGCGAACAGGAAGUCAAAAAGCAGGAGAAGGUGAGACCAGACCUAGAAGGAGAACCAAUUCCAGGAGCAGGGAACAUGUUCACUGAUGGGUGUGGAUUUAGAGGACCAGAUGGGGAUAUAAAAGCAGGGUAUGCAGUGGUGGCAGAAACACAGGGAGAAGUAGAUGAAUUUUGGACGGUGAAAGCAGAAAGGCUGAAAGGAGGGGGACCGGACGGGGAGCAGACAAACCCAGACGAUACCCGUUACGGACUGGGGGCUGCUGAGAGUCAUCAAGAGAAAAUGGAUAACAGAACCAGGACAGGACUAUUUUCACCCGAAAAGGGGGAGGGGAACUACACGUGCUUCGUUAGAAGUUCAAGCACACCUCAAGUACGCUUGGGGCACAUCCCGGCGGAAUGGUGUAACCGCACGGUCACUGGGAACGAGUCUGUGGGUUCAUGGGCACGAGCAGGAUUGUAUGAUUAUUGUGGAAGGAUGACUUUGGUUGUUAACAUGCCAGAGAACUCGGAGGGGACAUGCGCCAUGGUCAGAAAAGGUGUUCUUCAGCUGAAUGAACAGAUACUGAAACGAACACUAAAGAGAUCAUCCAACAUUCAAGAUAUUUCAGUAGACACACUAGUGGAAGAGCUGCUGAGGUUCCUGAGCCAUGAAUGUCCGGCCUCCAGCAUCUACUCUGGACAGGUAUGUCACCGCCUUGCACCAGGACGCAGAGAUCCGAGUGUGGAUACACCACUGGCGUUGUUGCCUGAUGCACCUCCUUUGGAAGAGGACACGGUCCACUGUCAGAACUGGCAGGAGACAGUGGAGCCGCACACACUCGCCUCUCUCGGCUCCCGGGAGAUCGAACGGCAGGCUGUCAUAUAUGAGCUGUUCACAACGGAAGCAUCUCACUUGCGGACUCUCAGGGUUCUCGAUCAGGUGUUCUUCCGGAAGAUGAGGAACCUUUUGACCGUCGAAGAACUUUCCUGUAUCUUCCCCAACCUGCCCCAGGUCUACAGUCUUCAUGCGAAUCUGUGUGAGUCCAUGAAGAGGCUGAGGGACUCUUCUAUAGUUCAAGGCAUCGGAGACAUCAUGGUGUCUAGAUUUGAAGACGCUGCAGGAGAGGAGUUCCAGGAGCAGGUGUCUCACCUGUGCAGUCAGCAGAGUCAGGCACUGGAGCUCAUUAAAAAUAAAUGCAAAGACCCGCGUUUCGCGCACCUUAUACAGGAAUGUGAAGCCAGCCCUCACUGCCGCCGACUACAAUUAAAGGACCUUCUAGUGUCUGAGAUGCAGAGACUCACCAAAUACCCCUUGCUGCUGGAUAACAUCAUCAGACACACAGAAGCUGGUUCUCCAGACCUGCAGACAUUGGUGAGGGCACAGGCGUGCUGCCGUGGGAUACUACGAGCUGUCAAUGAGGUCGUCAGGGAGACGGAGCACCGGCGACUGCUCAGCCGUUAUCAGCGCAGGCUAGACUUGUCCCCUCUGGAGAGGCAGGCCAGUCCUGUCGCUGCUCAGUUCAAGAAUCUGGACCUGACCACUAAGAAAAUGAUCCACGAAGGACCGUUGACUUGGAAAGUUAGUAAAGAUAAAGCUAUAGACAUUCAUGCUCUGCUUCUCUCAGACCUGUUGGUGCUACUCCAAAGGGGUCCAGGUGACCGUUUGAUCUUGCGAUGUCCAGCGCGCUCACUGGGUGGGGUUUGGGGUGGGAACACGCACCUCAAAACCACCUUUUGCCCCGUUGUUCGCUUGGAUUCAUCUCUUGUCAGAUCUGUGGCUACAGAUAACAAGGCCUUGUAUGUGAUCAGUACAUCAGAGAGACAGAUAUACGAGCUGGUGGCUGGGACUUCCUCUGAGAAAAACACAUGGAAGAACCUGUUAGAAAAGACCAUCUCCUCGGCCUCUGGAGGCAUUGAAGCCACCGAGCAAGGAUCAACAGCUCCGUCUGCGGUUCUACGGUUGCAUGGUAAUCAAGUCGGUCGUCUAGAUGGCUCCCUAUCAGAAGAGUCUGGUUCGAUAGAGAGAGAUUCACAGAGUGAUGAUGAAAAUGUUCUCACACCUACUAUCCCAACUGACCAAUCAGAAGCCUACAUGCAUACUGGUGGGCAGGGUUAUGUGGGAGGACAAGCUAAAGUGGCUGAUGCUGCUCUUCAAGAUGUCAGGACACUAAGACUGUUGAUCCUUGGAUCCUUGGAUCCUUUAGAGGCUGCCAGUCAGAAGCAGAAAGUGACAUCAUUGUCCUCACAGCAAGAAGGGCAGGAGAUACCUUGCCAGUCACCAAAAGGCCGUUCACACCUGGAGAUGCUGAGGCAUGAAACGAGGCCCUGCCAAUCACGAGCAAGCAUACGGCAGCGCAUGAUAAAAAAUGUGGAUGGAAUCUUUCAAAGAAUGGAGGGACUGAUGAAAAACCUGCAUCAGCUUAGGGAGAUUGAAGCAGACCAGUGUAGACUGCUCACAAUGGUGAGAAAAAAGUCACCUGUCAGUCAGUUCAGAUGACACCAUCCAUGGGUCUUCCUCCAUUAUCAGGACACCAUCUAUUUAUCUUGGGUCGAGCGAUGGUAACGAAGAAGGGCCAACAGAACCAGCUCAGCCUGAGAUCCAUUCUACAGGAUUCUGAUUUAUUACACGAGACAUUGUAAAGAGAUUUACUUACACAUUUGAAACAUGAACACACACAAUAAGGGUGUGGCAUUCCUGCCAUUUCAUACAUCCGGUGUAGCUCUUUACUAGAAUCCCAGCAUGCCUUUCUCCUGGGAGAAACCUGCAAAUAUUGUAUUGUCUGCAACUGAGAAGAGAGAGACAGGACAGACGA